AUGUCUCCACCAACAUUCACCAACCCCCCUCGAGCUGGACAGCGCAAAAAGCUCUACCCUCACGCUCUAGACCUCAACCGUUUCAGCUUCAAAGAACUCCACAAUCGCGAACUCUCAAUCCGAGCUGCUUCGGUUAAAUUCCGCGAGCUCCCAAAUUGGACUGAAAAGUUAAAGAACCGUUCGUUCGUCACCAGUUGGUUACGACAAAGACAACAGGAUGAUUUCGAAGACUAUGAGGAUGCUAAGGAUCCUUAUUUAAAACCUUUCGUAUGGGGUAGGGAUGAUGUUACUAUGUGGUUUAAUGAAUUGGCGGCGUAUAAACAUUAUGUUAGGAAGUUGCAGAAGCAGGGGUUGAGGAUUGAACCUGAUGCGGAGGCUGUGUGGAGGGGAGAUGGGCUGGUUGAGGAGGAGGUUAGGAGGAAGUUGAUUGAUGCUGCCACAAUACUGGAAAGCAUCCCCGAAGCCGAAAAGCUCUGGCGCGAAUCCCAGGAUUCAGGUCCAGUGGUCCUGGACUUAGUCGACCCUUCAAUGUGGCCCAUAGUCUAUCGAAGAACGGCCACAGCCGACGGGGUCCCAAUUUAUAGACCCAGCCAUACCAAUGAUGAUGAUAUGAGAGCCUCGAAUCCAACUUACUGCUGGUUACCAUCAGAAUUCGAAGUCUCGGAAGAUGGGAAAUGUACCAAAAUCGCUUCAUACGUCAAUAAUCUAGCAUCUCCACGGGACGAAAUGGUCGUCAUACCGAUCCUUGAAAAGAUCUUUACCGCUUUCGUCCCACUGUUUAACCACGUUUUGGCAGAGACGGAAAGACAAUUAUGGACUACAUCGAGGUGUAUUGAUCCUAGUCCCUGGAAAUCAAGAGUUAAUGAUGGAAUGAUAGUUGCAUCUAAAGAGAAAUGCACCGAGGCAUCGGAAAAGCUACUCAAUGAAAUGGAAAAUAGCGGUCAAAUAAGUGAUACGUUUGAAGGAGUCGGUGAUUUUGCUGACCGUCGACCUAAGGGCUAUGAAUCCAUGUUCCCUAUCAAGAACUCCAUAAAAUUGAUACCAGACGCUAUUUGGAAACCACCAAGGGCUACAAAGCUCAAUAGAUUAGAGGGGAAAAUGGCCAAGGUCAUCGUCAGUAUGGUAAAUAUCAUGCUCUCACCAGAAAAUCCAGAAUACAAAGCUGAGAAAUGGCGUUUAAAUGGAUUCAGGAACGAACGUAUAAUAGCCACAGGAGUCUACUACUACGCCCAAAUGAACAUCAAUGAAACAUAUCUAGCUCUCCAACGUCGAAGCUUCGGUAAAUUCACAUGCGCUCCCAGAGAAAUCGAAUCGGUCAGAACAAAGGAAAACCGUGCAAUCGUUUAUCCCAACUUCUACGAACAUCGUAUCCCAAACUUCACUCUAGUCGACAAGACAAAACCUGGGUACUCCAAGAUGCUGGUAUUCCACUACUGCGAUCCCUGUGAGCUUCACAAUCUCCCCACAACAGAACAAAUCCACCCCCAACAACCCCAGGUCCUCGAAGACAGACUCCGCCACAGUAAACUCGGCACUCUCCCCGAAGAAGUCUUUUCCCAAAUCCUAAGCUACUUGUCAAUAACCAUGAUCUCACGUGAAGUAGCAGAAGAAUAUCGAGCAGAAAUUAUCCAAUGGGGACGAGAUUGGGUUCAUGAUGGUGAUGGAUAUUAUUCGGAGCAUGAGAGAGAUCAUUACUUUGGCGCGGAUCCGAAUGGGUAUGGAUUUGCUUAUAGUAGUGAGGACGAUGAUUAA